CUCUUUUUCUGUGUGGUGCAGCAACAUGUGUUCAAGACACUGGAGAAUGAUCCUCUGUUCGCCCGUCAGCCCGGUGAAGACAUCCCUUUAGAGAAAAUGAGAGAGCUGACCUUCCUCAGGGCAAAGCAGCUCUUCCGCUAUGACUUCAUCACAAAAGAAGAGGCCAUGGUCAACCCCUGGAAGACUGUGGUCCUUAGUGAUUGCCUGGGCAUGUAUGACUGGGCCCUUGGGGCCAAGUUCUUUCUCAACAAAGGGAUGUUUGGAGUGACUGUUGCCAACUCAGGAUCAGGAAGACACAACAAAUAUGUUGAAAACACUGACGACAUGACGACGUUCGGAUGCUUUGCCUUGACUGAGGUGAGCCACGGCAGCAACACCAGAGCUAUGAGGACCACAGCAACACAUGACCCCUCCACCCAGGUCAGCACACACACUCCACAACAAAAUAUGUUUGUAAUGGAUGUUAAAUGGCAAUAUAUUUGGCUCAUGACAGCAGAAAUGUAUGUAAGGAUGUACCGGUAAUUUCUAUUAAUGUCAUGUUUUUGCAUUGCUAGUUUAAAUUUGCCAGCUUGCCAACAAGGUGAUAAUACCUUUGAGAACACCAAAGCAAUUUCUUUUUUUUGUGAACUUCGGGGGUUUUAACAUUAAAGCUGGUUGCCGGUUUAGACUCAGUAUCUAUAAUAUGUAUAAUAUUUUUU